AUGCAGAUCUUUGUUAAGACUCUUACGGGUAAAACUAUUACUCUCGAAGUCGAACCAUCGGAUACUAUUGAAAAUGUAAAAGCUAAAAUUCAAGAUAAAGAAGGUAUUCCGCCAGAUCAACAACGUUUAAUUUUUGCUGGCAAACAACUUGAAGAUGGUCGUACACUUUCUGAUUAUAAUAUUCAAAAAGAAAGUACACUUCAUUUGGUUUUACGACUUCGUGGUGGUACUAUUGAACCAACACUUCGUAUGCUUGCACAAAAAUAUAAUUGUGAUAAAGUCAUAUGUCGAAAAUGCUAUGCACGACUUCAUCCACGUGCUGUUAAUUGUCGUAAACGUAAAUGUGGUCAUACCAGUAAUUUACGACCAAAAAAGAAACUCAAAUAA